AUUCCGGAAGUAUUGAUCAUUCGUCGGUUCCUUGCUUCUCUAAUUUCCAAACAAAAUAAUAAAUAAUUAAAUUGUUUAAUGUUUGUAAGAUAAAGAAGAUUGGAUUUUUGUUUUGUUUUUUUUUUCUUUUUUCUUUCAACUCAAUGAGUUUACUCUGUUUCAGUACCAAACCCAAGAAAAAAACUCACCUUAUUUCUACUUUUUCUUCUUUGAUUAUCUCUUUUAUGCUGCAUUGGGAGCAUGUGAGCCAAACCCUACAGAUUUUAAGCAAAACCCAUUUAUUAUCUCAAUUUUUGGUGCCUUUUAAAGCUUAAUUCCUUUUCUUUAUUGUAAUCAUUAUUGUCUCUGUCAUCUGUUUCCUUCUCUAAAAAUUUUGAAAAAAAAAAGAAAGAAAAUCCAAAAGAGAAAGACUUCACCUUUUAUCUAUCUUCUGUUUAGUGUUUGCAGAUCUUUUUGGUGGGUGUUUGUAUUGUUCUGCAUUUUUAAGAGAAAAAGUUUUGGGAAAAAAAAAUUGAAACAGAGUUUGUUGGGUGUUUUGAUUUGAAGUUUUUCAGAUCUGAAGGAAGGCUGAGGCUGUUUGUUUCAAAGGAAUGUCUCUUUUGACUUUUGAUAUCUACUCAUUUCCUUCUCACUUUCCUUCUUUUUGUUUCUUUUGAGUUCAUUUUUUUCUUUGAGAGAUUGUCUCUUGAACUUUGCUUCUGGGAAGUAACUAAAGAGUCUUUCUUUUUUUUUCUUGGGGUUCACUUUAAAUUUUGGUGUUGAAUAAUUGGAGAGAGAUAUCUGUGGAAAUGUUGGCCAUUGGGAGUCCUUUAACCACCAGUUGCCGUACAAGCACAAGCUGCAAUGCAUUGCUCAGAGAACUUCAGCAAAUAUGGAGUGACAUUGGUGAGAGCGAAGCUGAUAAAGACCGUAUGCUAUUGGAAUUGGAGAGGGAAUGCUUAGAAGUCUACCGCCGGAAAGUUGAGGAAGCUGCCAAUGCCAAGGCACGUCUACAUCAAUCUGUUGCAGCCAAGGAAGCUGAGGUUGCUACACUUAUGGCUGCUCUUGGGGAGCUCAAUAUUCAUUCACCGUCACAGAUUCAGACAGAGAAGAAGGUGGCAUCAUUGAAAGAAAAACUUGCAACUGUCACUCCACUGCUUGAGGAUCUGAGGAUGAAGAAAGAAGAAAGAAUAAAGCAAUUUGCAGAUAUAAAGUCUCAAAUUGAAAAGAUCAGUGGAGAAAUUUCUGGCUACAGCUAUCCCAAUGAUACCAUGAUUAGCUGUUUAACUCUGGAAGACCAAGACAUGUCCCUAAGAAAGCUUACUGAAUUUCAGACACAUCUUCAAACUCUUCAGAAGGAGAAGUCUGAUCGCCUUCAUAAGGUUUUGGAAUACGUAAAUGAGGUGCAUUUGCUUUGUGGGGUGCUAGGAUUGGAUUUUGCCCAGAGUGUAAGCGAUGUGCAUCCCAGCUUGCAAAGGACAAACCAAGAACAAUCAACAAAUAUUAGCAAUGGCACAUUUGAAGGUCUAGAGCAGACCAUUAACAAGCUGAAAACUGAAAGAAGAAUUCGAAUCCAGAAGCUGAGGGAUAUUGUAGCUGCAUUAUUUGAACUCUGGAACUUGAUGGAUUCACCCCAAACAGAGAAGAAUGUUUUCUCAAGGGCCACUUCUGUUCUUAGAUUGUCAGAAGCUGAAGUUGCUGAACCAGGUGUUCUUUCAACUGAGAUGAUCGAACAGGCAGCAGCAGAAGUGGAGAGGCUCACCAAACUGAAAGCUAGCAGAAUGAAAGAACUUGUCAUGAAAAGGAGAUCAGAAUUGGAAGAUAUUUGCAGAAUGACUCAUAUUGAACCUGAUGCAAGUACAGCUGUUGAUAAAUCUAACGCAUUGAUUGAUUCUGGUCUGGUAGACCCUUCUGAACUUUUAGCAAACAUUGAAGCACAGAUAAGUAAAGCUAAAGAUGAAGCUCUGAGCCGAAAAGAAAUAAUGGAUAGAAUAGACCGAUGGCUUUCAGCAUGUGAAGAAGAAAAUUGGCUUGAAGACUACAAUCAAGAUGAGAACCGGUACAAUGCUGGGAGAGGCGCACACAUUAACCUCAAACGUGCAGAAAAAGCUCGAGUAACUGUAACCAAAAUUCCAGCAAUUGUGGAUAAUCUGAUCAACAGAACACUAGCUUGGGAAGAAGAAAAAAAGAUGUUGUUUCUGUAUGAUAGGGUGCGACUAGUGUCAAUACUGGAGGAUUACAAAGUGACAAGAAAACAGAGAGAAGAGGAAAAGAAGAGAUGCAGGGACCAAAAGAAGAUUCAAGAUCUGCUUCUGACGGAGAGAGAAGCCAUUUAUGGGUCAAAACCUAGUCCAAGGAAAAGUAACAGCUUCAGAAAGCCAAAUGGAUAUCGGGCAAAUGGUAAUGGAUCCAUGACUCCCACACCUCGUCGGAACUCAGUGGGUGGAGGAACUCCCGAGCUACUUACACCACGAUCUUAUUCAGGGCGUCAAAAUGGCUACUUCAAGGAAAUGAGAAGGUUGUCUACAGCACCUCUGAACUUUGUCGCCAUAUCAAAGGAAGAUACAAUUUCUACAUACACGUCCAUAUGUGGUUCUGAGCUGGGCUCUCCUCCACAUGGUUAAAUUUAGAAGCCAGAAAUGGAAGAGGCUACCAUUUAUAGUUCCAACAACUGUACACUCAAGUAAAGCAGCGGAACCUUGUGAAUAUGAAAUGGAUUGUACACCAGUGUAUGAUCGUGAAUUGGUAGGACUUCCGCAGGCGACUGACAUUAUGGAUGUUAUUUGCAUCGAGGACAAAACUUAUAGAUAGUAGUUUGAAAGUUGUCAUUAACUUUUUUUGUCCAUUGAGAUAGGGAAGAAAACUGAUAUGGAGAGUGUUAUAGUCAUACUAAUGACCUCCUAUUUUUUGGUUUGUUUCGUGGAUUUUGCUUGCGUUUUCCAUGUCUUAUGUAUAUAUCUAUUCCACUAUGACCAUUAUGAUAUUAGUAGUGCAGGAAGCUUUGGUAUCUUUGGAAAUGCAUAUGGUAGUAGGAUCUCUGUGAUGCUUAUGUUUGGUUUUGCCAUCUCUGAAACUUAUAGCUCUCAUAGAUUGCUGUUCUCCAGCUGCUUUUUGAAGUGGUGCAAAAUGGCAAGAGCCGAUUAGUCAAUUUGUAUCAAAUACAUUUGGAUUGCAAUUGCAAUUAAAGUUGGUAAGGUUGUUUCUUAUCGAGAAAUGACUCGGAUUUGUGUAAUUGCAUGUUAAAUCUCUUUCCAUUCCCACCUGUAAUUGCAUAUUUUUUUGGUUGAAAAAAUUUUAAGGGAUGAGGUUAUUCUAUUUCAAAGUUAGG